CAGAACGGGACUCUGCUGGCCUGGGGGCCGGCGCGGGUGGGGGAGUCGCGGAGUGCAGCAGCGCACCCCAAGAGCCUUUGCAAAGUGAGCCAGAGGAGGGAGGCGCAGUGUCUGGGCCGAGAGCGCGGCCUGGGGCCCAGGGCGUCCUGAGCGGAGGGUGACGGGAGCUGCCCGUGCCCGAGGAGUCACUUUUUAGCGCUUGUUUGGGCGCACUGCACUCACCCGCCGCACAGCUCCUGCUCGCCAGCGUGAGUCAGCUGGGCCCGCAGCGAGGCGGACCGGGGAAGGUAGGCGGGGAGCGCGCCGCGCCUCCCGAGGCCCGCGCGGUCGGCGGGAAGGAGCCCGGGGCGACUCCGCACAGCCCCAGCGGUGGCCCCCUCCCCAGCCAGACAGGUGAGCGCCUGGCCGGCCGCGGGGCGGAGCCUGACGUCCCCAGAAGCCAUCCUGCACCGCGCCUCCACCAACGCACAGGUUUAUAUCUGGGUGUUGACACCUAGCCACUUCUCUGCCAAUGAAGUACAUCCUGGUCACUGGUGGGGUCAUCUCUGGCAUUGGUAAAGGGAUCAUUGCCAGCAGCAUUGGGAUGAUUCUAAAAUCAUGUGGACUCCGAGUCACUGCUAUCAAGAUUGACCCUUAUAUUAACAUUGAUGCGGGUACUUUUUCACCGUAUGAACAUGGUGAAGUGUUUGUCUUGAACGAUGGUGGGGAAGUUGAUUUAGACCUUGGGAAUUAUGAAAGAUUCUUGGAUAUUAACCUGUAUAAAGACAACAACAUCACCACUGGGAAGAUCUAUCAGCAUGUGAUCAAUAAAGAGAGGCGUGGUGACUACCUGGGGAAAACAGUGCAAGUUGUUCCGCACAUUACGGAUGCUGUCCAGGAAUGGGUUAUGAAUCAAGCCAAGGUGCCUGUGGACGGUCAUAAGGAAGAGCCCCAGAUAUGUGUUAUUGAGCUGGGAGGUACCAUUGGAGACAUUGAAGGAAUGCCAUUUGUGGAAGCAUUCAGACAAUUCCAGUUUAAAGCAAAAAGAGAGAAUUUCUGUAAUAUCCAUGUUAGCCUUGUCCCUCAGCCCAGUGCUACUGGAGAACAAAAAACCAAACCCACCCAGAACAGUGUCCGCGCACUGAGGGGGUUAGGCCUGUCUCCGGAUCUGAUCGUCUGCCGAAGUUCAACGCCCAUUGAGAUGCCAGUAAAGGAGAAGAUUUCUAUGUUUUGUCACGUGAAGCCCGAACAGGUCAUCUGCAUCCAUGAUGUUUCUUCUACAUACCGAGUGCCUGUGCUUCUGGAGGGACAAGGCAUUGUCAAAUAUUUUAAAGAGAGAUUGAACCUGCCCAUUGGAGAUUCUGCAAGUCAUUUGCUUUUCAAAUGGAGAAAUAUGGCUGACAGAUAUGAACGGUUACAGAAAACGUGCUCCAUAGCUCUGGUUGGCAAAUACACUAAGCUCAGGGAUUGCUAUGCCUCUGUGUUCAAAGCCCUGGAGCAUUCAGCCUUGGCCAUCAACCACAAGCUGAAUCUGAUGUACAUAGACUCCCUCGACCUGGAGCAGAUCACCAAAACGGAAGACCCAGUGAAAUUCCAUGAAGCUUGGCAGAAGCUGUGCAAAGCUGAUGGUAUUCUUGUGCCCGGGGGCUUCGGAAUCAGAGGAACAUUGGGAAAACUCCAGGCAAUUUCUUGGGCAAGGGCAAAGAAGAUUCCUUUUCUGGGAAUUUGCCUUGGGAUGCAACUAGCAGUGAUAGAGUUUGCAAGGAACUGCCUUAACUUGAAAGAUGCUGACUCCACAGAAUUUGAACCAAAUGCCGCUGUUCCUCUGGUGAUUGAUAUGCCGGAACACAACCCGGGAGAUCUGGGAGGAACGAUGAGGCUGGGAAUCAGAAGAACUGUCUUCAGAACUGAAAAUUCAAUAUUGAGAAAACUUUACGGUGAUGUUCCUUUUAUAGAAGAAAGACACAGACAUCGGUAUGAGGUGAACCCUAACCUGAUCAGCCAAUUUGAGCAGAAAGGCUUCAAUUUUGUAGGUCAGGAUGUUGAUGGGGAGAGAAUGGAAAUCAUUGAACUGGCAAAUCAUCCCUAUUUUGUUGGUGUCCAAUUCCAUCCUGAGUUUUCUUCUAGGCCGAUGAAGCCUUCCCCUCCAUACCUGGGGCUAUUACUUGCGGCAACUGGGAACCUGAAUGCCUACCUGCAACAGGGAUGCAAACUGUCCUCCAGUGACAGAUACAGUGAUGCCAGCGAUGACAGCUUUUCAGAGCCGAGGACAGCAGACUUGGAAAUGAGCUGAAAUGGGUGUGUGACUCAGAAGAAUGGCGGCUCCCUGAGCAGGUAAGCUGCUGAAGUAACUGCAGUCAAGACGAAAGAACUAUGUGAAGAAAUCAUGACACUGUUACAGACUCCGUGUGAUCUGCACCAGCCUUGGGAUGUAGAGUCUCGAAGGGAAUCUAAUAACACAUACGUCCAGGAGCCAGAGCCAAAGGGGUACUUUUCUUUUCCCUCCAGAGGCAGUCUUUGGUCGUCACAAAUUUCUGCAACCAAUUAAAUUUUCCCCAACAACCUCACGGGGGAGAAAGUGUGUUUGUAUUUUGUGCAGGCUGUCAUGAUGUCGAGAUGAUGAGCAGGGGUCCCGGUAACUGGGCCUUUGCCACACUGAAUGGGGCGAGUGGCAGAGUACGUGGCUGGGACAAAUUUUGAGUCAAAAACGAGUCUUUCUGUUACCUGGAAUUCAACCACAGAUUUGUGUGUGGCCCAUGGUUUUUCCAGUUUCUCACCCUGUUUAUUUCUUGUUAAACAGAAAACUUAGCAGGUCCAAGAAUGUGGGGUAGUAAAUAAGGGCCUUCACCUCAGGCAUACAAUUUAAGGAGGUUUUAAAAAAAACUCAGGAAUCAGGAUCAAUAAUAUAUCUGUUUUUCUUUGGAGGUGAAAUUCACGUAACAUCUUCUAACCAUUUUAAAGUUCAGUGGCAUUCAAUGAUGCUGUACAAGCACCACCGUUACCUAGUUCCCAGACAUUCUCAGCGCUGCGAAAUAAAGCCCUGUACCUAUUAGUUGUUAUUCCCCGUUCCUUUAUCCUUUGGUAACCACCAAUCUCCUUUCCAUUUCUAUGAAUUUUCCUAUUCUGAAUAUUUCAUAUACAUGGAAUCAUACAAUAUGUGUGCCCUUUUGUUUUCUGGUUUCUUUCAUGUGGCGUAAUGUUGUCAAGGUUCAUCCUUGUUGUAGCAUGUAUCAGAACUUCAUUCCUUUUUAUGACUGAAUAAAAUUCCAUUGUAUGUAUCUA